UAAAUAAUUUAAAUACAUUUAAUUUUGCAAAUUGCAAGUUAACUUGUGCACUUGAGAAAUUGGGGGGUCAACGAACUAUAAAAGUCAGAGAGAAUUUUCUCGAGACAACAGAGGGGUCAAAAUUCUCUACGCGUCUUCUCCAGCAGCCCACUUGUCCAGCUCCUUCACCACUUUCACAAUUUUCAUUCGCUUCUCCGGUCGGUCGGUUCGUUCUUCUCAAUUAUUUAUAAUUUUACAAAUAAUUAAAGUAAUUCAUUAAUUAAUUAAAGUUUUUGUCUCCAUGCCCAAAAUGGCCGACUCUGACGAAGACUACAGCCCCGAAAUGGAGCUGGGACAGCAGCGGAAACCAGCCCCAAAGAGUAAAAGGGUCACCGAAGAACUGGCUACUCUCCCACCAAAAGGGAGGAACAGGCAAAUCGUCGUGGGGGGGAAGAAGGAAACUCUUUCGUCACGCCCGGUUGGCCGUCCACCUGCUGCAGGUCGAGGAGGACGAGAAGGAAGUGAACCUCCUCCUUUGCCGAAGUCAUCUUCGAGCUCAUCCGUUGGGGUGCAUCGACCCUCCGGACCUGGUCUGCCUCCAAGUGGAGCUAGUGGAGCUGCUCCCAAGAAAAGACAGCAGCAGAAACCACAAGUCCAUCGUAUUACUAUUCCUGAUUCGGACGAGGAGGAGGAGGAGGAGGUCCAGUUCAACAAUAGCGUCCAGAGAAAUGGUGGCGGUUAUCCAAGUGACAUGGAUUGCUUAACGGACGACGAGAGUGACGGGACGGGGAUACAAAUUUCUGAAAUGUUGAACCGGUUGGGAUCCGAACUCAGGAGUCGGAUCAAAGCAAAAAAGAGGAGAAUUCAGGAUUGCUUUCAAUCUGUCAAAGAGUCGCCAAACGCAAUAUUGGAAACGCUGCAAAACCAUUCAUUAGAUAGGGGGAAAGUCGUUCAGAGGUUCCAACAAAGGUCCAGCGAGAUUGCUGCCAGGGUCCAAGAAAUUUUCGAAGCACAGAAGGAAAUGGAGGACAAGCUGACCAAGAUGAUGCUUGCUGUGAAAACGCACUUCGACUCGAUGAAGGAAUCGCUGAAUAGUUGUGUUACUGGGUUGAAGGAAAUUAUCAAGGAGUUUGAUAAUGAAUCGUCCGAACUCCAAGGCAAUCAGGAUGAAGAUACGCGCAUGCAAUUGGCCAAGAUCAACGCGGAAUUGACCGCUUUGCAGAAGAGGAUGUGUCGUGAGGGAGGUAAAGAGGAAGCUGAAAGCAUUCGGCAAACGUUAAACUUGUCCUAAAUACUCAUCUUCCAUUCAAAUCAUUAAAUUAAAAUUAACUUAAUGUUUUUCCAAUUUACAAAGAAUUUCUAUAUAUUUCAACGUUUCUCUCCCAUUUGUGUCUUGGUUUAAUUGUAAUAUAUUUGUGCAAUUUGAUAUA